ACAUUUCAUCACGCGUCCCUGUCUACAAAGUUAAAAACAUGCGCUGUAUGUAAAAAUACAUUGUACAAUAUCACACUUUACUUUUACUUUUAGCGCACCGGAGGUCAAACUGCCUAUGACCUAUGUAUCGUAUUUAAAUAGUUUUCGCGACGAUCAAUCCAGCAGAGAGUGAAAGAAUCGUGUUUAAGAAAUAUGAGCGACGACGAGAGUGUUACCUUACGCCUUAAAACUUGCAAACAAACAACAUCAGCGAGUUUGCAAGCAAAGCUAGAUCUAUUGUCCGAUCUGGCUAGCAGGGAUGAUCGCUUAGAGUUUGUGAACCAAUUUGUGCCCUUGGAUUUAUCGCAAGCGGAUAAGAAAGCCUAUGUCGAAGAUCUAACGAGUGCCGAAGAAGCAGAGGGUCAGUGGGGCAACUUGAAGGCUGAGAUAAUGGCGUUGAAGGCAGGCCAAGGUGUGGUCAAGAUUGAGGGGGAUCAGGAAAGCGAGGCUGUGUUUUACUUCAGACAUCCUCUGCUGGAGAAGUGCGACCGGGAAGUAGCCUUCGUCUGCAAAGGAGACGAGUGGCGAGCAGAGGGUUAGAUUCGUUUAUGAGUCAAAUGUAUUAGUAUGUGUAUGUAUAUGUAUGUAUGUAUGUAUAUGUAUAUAUAUCGGGGGUGAGGGCCUGUUUGUGCUGAUAUUUCGGCUGCACCAAGCCCUUGGACUCAGAACUAUACCACUGCUGCAUAAUUAUUGAGUGGUACUUCACUCUUCGAUCGGCUCGGUCGUCAUUUACUACUAGGGUAUUGAUUGGAAAGCGAUAGUUGUAGCUCAUCGGUAUAUACAGUAGGAUGACAUCUGUUGGGCCUUUCUAUUUAGAUCGAGGCUUUAUUUGCGGUUCGUGUAUGUUCGUGUUGAGUUGUGUACACAGAGCAACGCUUUGGUACCUUCACGCAGCGGCAUACCACCCCAACGUAUACUCGGGUACCAGCGAACAACGAAAAUUAGUAGACGGAUGAAAUCCACCGAAAUCGACAAGUUACAGAUCGACCCCAAUCACUAUCCAAAAUACAAUACUUCCAAGUCGACCACAGAUGGAUUUUUACUUGAAAUCAUAGUUCACACCAUGCUCUAAGUGACUGCUGCUAUCUAUCGAAUUUAUAUGUAUCAUUGCAGGUUCGCACAGCAGAACCAAUUAAUUAUUAAUAAAAUAAUUUACGUGUCCA